AUGACACAUUCUCCCUCUCCAUGCUCUCCUCAAAGUGCAACUUUCCUGCCCACUUCGCAUCGUGAUGCAUCGGAAGUUCCAAUGACUGUUCCUAGCCAAUCCUACAUGUUCGUCGAGGUAGAAUCAUCCACUCCAGCAUUCAUUCAUACCAACCAACAACAUUAUCACUCCCCAAACGAAUCUUCUUCGCACACUCUUAGCGAAAGGACGGGAUCCCCUUAUCAACGUUCGCCAUCACCGAGGGGGACUUUGCGUAUAUCCCCGCCACCGCACCCUAAACGAUCGAUGGAUAAGAAACCAGCGCUUGCCUGCCUAUUCUGCCGAGGGCGGAAAAUCGCGUGCGGCCCACCCGUUCCGGGCAGCAAAGACAGGACAUGCAAUCAGUGCGCUCGUAGGCAUUUGAAAUGCGAGUAUCCACUAGAGUCGCGUCGGGGAAUGAGAAAGCGCCGGUCGCUGGUUCCCCGGGGAAGCGGCUCUCCGCCGCCCGAAAUCAAUUCAGCCAGUCCAAAAGUGAUAAGGCCGGGUCGCAAACGAUCUGUGGACAAACGGCCGUAG